ACAGAAACGCCAGAGAUGCAGAUGGGAGCGCAAGACGAGGCGGUGACAAAGGCGGCACUGACCAAGAAUUUGGAAGUGCUCACCUGUGUCCAUGCGCUUGUCGCGUGCUUCGCAUUGGAAUUAUGUUCCUACCCAACCCACCAUUCAGCCAAACAUCAUGUCAAUGGCAACAGAACAGUCGAACCUUUCCCAGAGGGAGCACAGAUGGCUCUAUUUGGAAUGGGCUGCUUCUGGGGAGCCGAGAGGAAAUUCUGGACCCUGAAAGGAGUAUAUUCCACUCAAGUUGGUUUUGCUGGAGGCUGCACUGCCAACCCUACUUACAGAGAGGUGUGCUCAGGAAAAACGGGCCACGCGGAAGUCGUCCGAGUGGUGUUCCAGCCAGAACGCGUCAGCUUUGAGGAGCUGCUCAAGGUCUUCUGGGAGAACCAUGACCCGACCCAAGGCAUGCGUCAAGGCAACGACCACGGCUCCCAGUACCGGUCGGCCAUCUACCCGGCCUGCGCCCAGCACCUCGAGGCCGCCCUGCGGUCCAGGGACGACUACCAGAAGGGCGUGCCCUGUGGCAGGAGGAGGGAGGCAGCUGGCAGGUGUGUGGGCGCGCUGGCGCGGGCAGAAGGCACACCGCCGCCAGGCUGCCGGGUAGCCCCGGGGGCUGAUGGCACCUCGGGGCCCCGUGCACCCACGAAACCAGGUCACGCACUGGCCGCAUUUACCGUUCGGGGACCUCCGAGCGCCUUUGUGGAAGGCGAGAAAGAAACGGCCAGUUUGACCUUCCGCAGACCCCAGCGUCACGCGGCCGCGCUGGCCGGGCAGGUGACGCCUGUGACGGCCCUGCGCAGACGGGUCGGGGAACCCAUCGGCACCCGCCCGCCACCGCUGACUUUCCGGCGGCUGGUGCCUGAGGGCUCCACGCCGCCGCGCUCACCGGCCUUUGGCAUCCGCCGGCAGCCGGCAGCGGCGCUGUGGUUCCUGGUGGACCCCAGACUCCGUCCGGCCUCGCGCUGCGGGAUGCUCAGACGUCACCACGCUCCAGACGUGAAACCGUCCACAGCCCGUGUGUCCACCUCCGACUCGCCCAUCCUGGCCGCCACCCGCCAGCCGCCGUGCAUCCACCCGUCGUGUCUUUGA